AUGACAGCGGAGCGUGUACCAACACGAUCGAAUCAACGUGGCAGAAAUUCAAACACUACCAUAAGUGUCGUUACGGCACUCACCGGUCCCUCCUUGCUUCAUACGUGGAGCAGUUCCAAUGGCGUCAUAGACCCCUUUCUACCUGGUAUAGCCGCGCCAACGGAUACCGUUCAAAAGAUCGCCCUGAGACAUGAGGAUGCGCUCCUUGCAGCAGCAUCGCUCACACGUUAUCGGACGAAAAUUGCAAUGGAAUGCUCCGCAUUCCACAGCGAUAGAUAUACACUGACUCGUAAAGGCAUCAGAGUAUACCGCUGA